GUUCGUUUGGAAUGGCCCACAGAUCUAGCCAUCAAUCCCAUGGAUAACUCCAUCUACGUCCUGGACAACAACGUUGUGCUGCAGAUCACUGAAAAUAGACAGGUUCGUAUCGUGGCAGGUCGCCCAAUGCACUGCCAGGUGCCUGGUAUAGAAUAUACUAUGGGGAAGAGAGCGGUGCAGACCAUGCUCGAGGGAGCGACAGCCAUUGCCUUGUCCUACAGCGGCGUCCUCUACAUUGCGGAGACGGAUGAGAAGAAAAUCCACCGCAUUCGACAGGUAUCAACUGAUGGAGAAAUUACCCAUCUUGCUGGAGCACCAUCUGACUGUGACUGCAAGAAUGAUGCCAACUGUGACUGCUAUCAAAGUGGGGAUGGAUAUGCUAAAGACGCAAGGCUUAAUUGUCCCUCGUCUUUGGUGGUGUCUCCGGAUGGGACACUGUACAUGGCUGAUCUAGGAAACAUCCGGAUUCGAGCCGUACGACGCAAUCAACCACCUACUGGCUCUCUAGCUUCAGGUCCAAGCUCCUAUGAAGUGGCUUCUCCAGCCACUCAAGAGCUCUAUGUGUUUGAUGCGAAUGGGACUCAUCAGUUCACCAUGUCUCUGGUCACUGGAGACUAUAAAUACAACUUCAGCUACAGCAAUGAGGAGGAUGUAACUGCUGUGACAGACAGCAGCGGGAACACCCUCCGUAUCCGUAGAGACACCAACAGGAUGCCUGUACGUGUGGUUGCCCCUGACAAUCAGGUCAUCUGGCUGACCAUUGGGACAAAUGGAGGUUUGAAGACUCUAACGGCUCAGGGUCAGGAACUGGUCUUGUUUAGUUACCAUGGCAACAGCGGCUUGCUGGCUACCAAGAGCAUCCAGAUAGGCUGGACUACCUUCUAUGACUAUGACAGUGAGGGUCGUCUGACUAAUGUGACCUUCCCCACCGGCGUGGUGACCAAUCUCCACGGCGACAUGUCGUCAGGGGCUGUUGCUGUGGACAUUGAGACGUCAGGGAGGGAUGAGGACGUUUCCAUAACAACCAACUUGUCAUCAAUAGACUCCUUCUACACUCUGGUGCAGGACCAGCUUCGUAACAGCUACAGGGUGGGCAAUGACCCAUUCACCUGAGGGUCAUCUACGCUA